ACUGCGUACUACUAGCCCCCGGAUUAAGCUCGCUGAUUGAAGGGCACAUGUCCUAUCCCUUCCACUGUAAUUAUUCAGUCGGGACUAUUCUGGGUGGAGGACUAGUUAGUAUUUACCACCCCACCAUCCCACCACCUCCUUCUUUGCUUCACAGAGUUAAUUAAUUUUCACUUUUUUCUGGACAAGCAAUUCAUCAUUCCUAACCACUCCACCCACCUCAUUACAGUUAAACUCCCACAGGCCCAACUCUCUCUUUAGAUUACAUAAUUACAUAGAUAUUUAUUAUUUUGUGGGAAUUUGGAAGUCCGUCGUCCGCCCGAGAGAUUGCGAAAAUGGCAGAGGAGGAGGUAGCGGGAGGGAGCGAAGUAGUAGUCUCUGCUCCUCCAACUCCAAUUCGCCGCGUUCUUCUCAUCUCCGCCGGUGCCAGUCACUCUGUUGCUCUUCUCUCUGAAAAUGUGUUUUGCUCCUGGGGACGAGGAGAGGAUGGGCAGUUAGGCCAUGGUGAUGCCGAGGACCGACUUUUACCUACGCAUUUGAGCGCACUGGACGGCCAUGAAAUAGCGUCUGUUACUUGUGGAGCUGAUCAUACAAUUGCUUACUCCAACUCUCGUUCGGAAGUUUAUAGUUGGGGAUGGGGUGACUUUGGGAGAUUGGGUCAUGGUAAUUCUAGUGACUUGUUUACACCUCAGCCAAUAAAAGCAUUACAUGGUAUUAAGAUAAGGCAAAUUGCUUGCGGGGAUAGUCAUUGUUUGGCAGUGACGAUGGAAGGUGAGGUGCAAAGUUGGGGGCGGAAUCAAAAUGGUCAACUUGGUCUUGGUACCACAGAAGACUCUCUUGUGCCACAGAAAAUUCAAGCGUUUCAGGGGUUAUCUGUCAAAAUGGUUGCUGCUGGUGCUGAACAUACUGCAGCUGUCACAGAAGAUGGGUCGCUCUAUGGAUGGGGCUGGGGCCGAUAUGGAAACUUGGGCCUAGGCGAUAGGAACGAUCGCAUGGUUCCGGAGAGGGUUUCUAUGGUUAAUAGUGAGAAGAUGGUUAUGGUUGCGUGUGGGUGGAGGCACACGAUAUCUAUUUCCUCAUCGGGUCGAUUGUACACAUAUGGUUGGAGCAAAUAUGGUCAGCUAGGGCAUGGGGAUUUUGAGGACCACCUUGUUCCUCACAAGCUAGAAGCCUUGAGUGACAAAUUUAUUUGUGAGACAUCUGGCGGUUGGAGGCAUACCAUGGCACUCACAUCUGACGGAAUACUCUAUGGCUGGGGUUGGAAUAAGUUUGGACAAGUUGGAGCGGGUGACAACAUUGAUCACUGUUUUCCUGUGCAAGUUAAAUUUCCUCAUGAGCAGAAAGUAGUUCAAAUAUCUUGUGGAUGGAGACACACACUUGCUGUUACUGAAAGACAAAAUGUGUUCUCCUGGGGGAGAGGUACAAAUGGACAGCUUGGGCAUGGGGAAUCUGUUGAUCGGAAUGUUCCAAAGAUUAUAGAGUCUUUGAGUGUUGAUGGAUCUACCGGGCAACAAAUAGAAUCUUCAAAAGUUGAUCCAUCUACAGGGAAAACUUGGGUAUCACCAUCGGAGAGAUAUGCAGUUGUUCCUGAUGAAACUGUUCGAGGGCAAGCAUCUACUUCAGUCGGGGGGAAUGGUAAUGAUGCAAGUGUUCCUGAAACCGACGUCAAACGCAUACGGGUUUGACCGUCUUAGAGAACGUACGUGAGUCUGUGAAAUGAAUGAAGACACAUGGAUGACCUGCCCUACUGGCUUAUAAAUUCCCGAAAUGCUGUAAGCGAUCAAACCAGUCGACCGCAUUAGUAACAUGUACCCUCAUCUCCUCUGGUUAUAAAUUACUGCACCUUUGGAAAGACAAUGCAUGUACUCCUCCUGUCUGAUGUGUUAUCUAGGCAGAAUACCAAAAUACCCUGGUGGGUUUAACAGUUUUUGUUUGAGAAGGGCAUCGGCAUCCUAAUCUUAUGGUCAUUUUCUUCCA